UUCCAGCUGUUUUUCAAUAUUUUCUAUUUACAAUAAUAACAUUAAAAUUCACUAGUCAGUUAGUUAUGAAGACAAACUCUUCAGUGUCGAUUCUUCCGAAGAAAUGUCGAUCCAGGACGAAGGGCUCCAGGUGCUACGCUCUGCCCCGGAAACAGGAGGAGAGAAUCAAGACUGGGCUUAGAUACAACAACCCAGCAGCGAUGGUGGUGUGGGCGAUCACCCGCAUCCCCGCCUCUGAGAAGGGGGUCACCGGCCGUCGGCUGAUAAACUUUAUGAAGCGUCACUACGAGGCCACUAACGACCCCGGCGGCACUGGAAAAAGUUUAGGAGCGUUGCUGCGCUAUGCAGUGACCUUCGGCCUCCUUGCUAAACGCGGGAAUAAAUACUUUUUGGCGGUUAAAUAUACGUAAAAAGUGUUUUUGUGUUUUUUGUACUUUUUUGAGUUUUGUUAUUUAUUUAUUGUUAUUAUACCUAUUUAAAAUCA